ACAAAAUCUUUUUGAAUUUAUGACUGCUGCUAAUUUAUUUUUAUAUUUAGUAUAUUUCAAAGUAUAUCAGUUGAGUCUUUUUGGAUUUACCCAUUUUGGGGACUUGUAUGAACUUCAUACAGCAGAGACAUCCUUAAACAUUCAAUCUAAGGUUGAAUGAGAAGGCAAGCUUCUCCCAACUUUUCUCUCGCUCUGAGAUAAGAUUUUUAAUUUGAGUUUUUUAUGCGACUGUAACCUCGAUUGAUCCAAGCGCUGUUGAACGUGUAGUGGAAAAUGAAUCGAUAAAGUCACCCACCUGAUGUUUUGACGGGGUUUCUUUUGCAACCAGCCAGUUGUUGUUAAGCAACUACACGAUGUAUUCUCCUAUUUGUCUAACGCAGGAUGAAUUUCAUCCGUUCAUCGAGGCACUUCUUCCACACGUCCGUGCAAUCGCCUAUACUUGGUUUAACCUCCAAGCCCGAAAGCGCAAAUACUUCAAGAAGCACGAGAAGCGGAUGUCAAAGGAUGAGGAGAGAGCGGUCAAGGAUGAGCUGCUUGGUGAAAAGCCUGAGAUCAAACAGAAGUGGGCAUCCAGGCUGCUCGCCAAGCUCCGCAAAGACAUCCGCCAAGAGUACCGGGAGGAUUUUGUGCUCAGUGUUACGGGGAAGAAGCAUCCUUGCUGCGUGCUGUCCAACCCUGACCAGAAGGGAAAGAUCAGGAGGAUCGACUGUCUCAGACAGGCCGACAAAGUCUGGCGCCUUGAUCUGGUCAUGGUGAUCCUUUUCAAGGGCAUCCCUUUGGAAAGUACGGAUGGAGAGAGGCUAGUGAAAUCCCCACAUUGCACCAAUCCAGCACUUUGUGUCCAGCCACAUCAUAUAACAGUAUCAGUCAAGGAGCUGGACUUGUUUCUGGCAUACUAUGUCCAGGACCAAGACUCCCAGCAGUCAGGAAGUCCAAGUAACAAUGAACCUGGAAAGAAUCCUCCCGUUUACCUUGAGGACAGUUUUAUAAAAUCAGGAGUCUUCAGUGUUUCAGAGCUAGUGCGAGUUUCCAGAAUGCCAAUCACCCAGGGAACUGCGGUGAAUUUCCCAAUCGGUGAGCUCCAGAGUCAGCCGUACUACCAUGACUUGAACUCGGGUGUAGGUCUUCACAGAUCGUUGUCCUCUCCACCCGGCAGCAAGCGGCCUAAGACAAUCCCCAUAGAGGACAGCAUGGAGACAAGCCCAUCUGGAGACUUUUACUCUUCUCCCAGUUCACCAGCAAGUGGCAGCAGGACAUGGCAUGAAAGAGAUCAAGAUAUGUCUUCUCCCUCAAUGAAGAAGCCAGAGAAGCCAUUGUUUAGCCCCACAUCCCCCCAGGAUUCCUCUUCAAGACUGAGCACUUUCCCUCAGCACCACCACCCGGGAAUCACUGGAGUCGGACACAGUGUUAUCUCAACAAGAAGCCCACCUCCGCCAUCACCGUUGCAGUUUUCAACACCUUCUAUUCUCCCUCCUGCCCCGACCACCUACUUCUCUCACCCCACAAUUCGAUACCCGCCACAUCUGAACCCUCAGGAUACCCUGAAGAAUUAUAUACCAUCUUAUGACCCGUCCAACCCACAAACCAGUCAGCCUAGCAGUGGUCAAGUUGUGGGGAAAGUGCCAGGCCACUUCACCCCGGUGUUGGCACCAUCUCCACACCAUGGCUCAGUGCGACCCGUCUCCUUGUCCAUGCCAGACACUAAACCCAUCACUACAUCGACAGAAGGUGAGGCAGCUUCACCCACCACAGCCACCUACACAGCCCCAGGCACACCCACUUCAAACAGGUUCGUGGGACUGAGCUCAAGGGACCCAUCCUUCUUACACCAGCAACAGCUGAGGAUUUGUGACUGGACCAUGAAUCCAAACGGCAGGCAUUUAUACCCCAGUGCCAGUGAGGAUACAUUGGGAAUUACUUGGCAAAGUCCUGGUACCUGGGCGAGCUUAGUUCCAUUCCAAGUGUCGAACGGGACUCCGAUUCUGCCAACAAGUGUCCAGAAUUACAGCAUAAACAUCAUUGGUGAACCCUUCCUUCAAGCAGAAACAAGUAACUGAAGGCAGAGAUGAAUGGAAGCAGAGCCAGCAGAACUGAGAAUAGUAAAAACACUACAGAGCAGCAAGCAGCACUCACAGAAUCUCCAUUUUCUCAACUGGGGGGGGGGGGUCAUUGAAAAAAUACUAAACAGUUGUUUAAAGCACUCUGAUAGUGUGCUACAGUCUUGCCAGCUAGCUUUUUUUUUUUUUUUUUUUUUUUUUUUUUUUUAAAAAAGGUAAAUGUUGUUGUAUAUUCAGUACAGCUCUAGAUGCCUUAAUGUUUGCAUGAUAAGAUUCUAUUAAUAGUUUUUUCUUCUUUUAUGAGCUUUUCAGAGAACUAGUCCUGGUUUUGAGUGGGUUUAAAUCAUAAACAAACACAAGCUGACUGGCAAGCAACUGAAUUGUAGUUUAUUUUCAAAUUAAAUAGGUUGUCACCUGAAGAGGCCCAUGAAUCAAACCAUUAGCUACAUUUCCAUAGCAACAAAGUUUAAAAUCAGAUGCUUUUCUUCAGUUUGCCACAGUUCUGUUGAAGUUAACCUUUAACCUCCAAUCUUUUUGGUCUCAUUCUUACAUUUAAAUGAAGGUUAAAGGCUAAUACCUACACUAAAAGGUUUACUAACACAAUAUAUACCUAAUUACAGGUAAUGAUAAUUGCCCCUUACAUGGAUUUAAAUAUUUCCCUCACAAAAUUUAAAGCAUAUGAGGCGAGUGCAAUUUUAAAUUUAAUACUGAAGGGAAACUAUAGAAUUCGAUUGAGGGAAAUAAAAUGUUUGGGAUAUUUUUUUUUUGUUUGUUUUUAAGAAAAAAAAAACAAAACUUAAACAAUUUAGAUUGUAUCCUUAAUUUAUAAGGGGGAAAUUAUUAAAACAUUUAGACACAACUGUGCUUGAUAAGCAGUGUACACAAAUCAUAAAUACAAAUGAAAACAGCACUUAUAUUUUUAGGAGCCGCUCCCUCCCCUGGAGGCAGUCUUUAUUUAUUAUGAAUUUAAAAAUGGAGUGUGAAAAACACAUAUUGUGUAUAAAUGGCUUACGAAUCCAGCAUCACAGAAGCAGAAAAA